CAAACCCUACAUCAAGUUGAAAUAUAACGAUUUAUAUUCUGAGAUAGCCAGUACAACAUUGUUGCAUCAAUGUUCAUGUGAUUUCAGGUCGCCGUAUGAGGCAAAGUGUCGGCUAGUCUCAUUAAAUGAUACGCAAAGUCAUGGCCGGAGUGGACGUGAAGUUGGGUAUUCAAGAAACACUGCGAAGAAUCGACGAGGCAUACGGCGCCCGUUCGACGACAACCAACAUUCCAAAACCAUUGCUGGUUGCCGUCAGCAAAACAAAACCCGUCGAGCUCAUUCUGGAGGCGUACUCAGUGGGCCAACGCCAUUUCGGGGAAAACUACGUGAAGGAGCUGGUGGAAAAAGCAAACGAUGCCAGGAUACUGGAGCAGUGCAAGGACAUUCGAUGGCAUUUUAUCGGCCAUUUGCAGACCAACAAAAUCAAUAAGGUAUUAAAUCUUACGAACCUGCACAUGAUCCAAACGGUUCACAGUAUAAAAUUGGCCGAAGGGCUGAAUAAAGCAUGGGAAAAGCUAAAAACGGAACACCCGGAGAAGCAAGCCAAGCUAAAUGUGCUGGUCCAGGUCAACACUAGUGGAGAGGAUGAAAAAAAUGGUGUCCAACCGGAAGAGGUCGUGUCGCUGUACCAGUAUGUGCUGGAUAAAUGUCCCAAUCUGAGAUGUGACGGAGUGAUGACUAUUGGGCGCUUCGGUCACGACUACAGCGUUGGGCCGAACCCUGACUUUGGUACGCUGAUGAAUUGCCACGAGAAAAUCUGCUCAACGUUCGAACGCGACCCAACCGAAGUGCUGGUAUCGAUGGGAAUGUCGGAUGAUUUUGUACAGGCCAUUGAAUCGGGUAGCACCAUUGUGCGCGUGGGCAGUUCUAUUUUCGGCGCUAGGGCCAAGAAACCAUCGACUGCGUGAUCAUGCGAACGAGCUGAACCAAGAAACCCGCUCUGCUGUCUGGCCGCAGGGCAUCUAGAGAUUGCAGCUUCUGUUUUUGUAGCCAAAACCGACCGAGCCUUGCUCAGCGUGGUGUGGGUGCGAAUAUUGAAUCAACAAGUCACCUAUUUUUUACGAAGCACAGUGCUGGUGAGCAUGUAGAAAUAAUCUUUCGCUGGUUGAAAUCUGAUGCAUUAAUUAAUGAUUCGAAUUAAAUGUGAA